AUGCAGGCAUUUCAAUAUCUCAAGAAUCGUGGACUCAUUUACCAGACUUCUCAACUGGCGGAAGAAGCUCUCAAAUCGAUACUUCCUAACCAGUCGAUUUAUUUGGGAGUCGAUCCAACCGCAAAGGGGCUUCAUAUCGGACAUCUUAUGGCCUGUCGCAUCUUAAAGCGAUUCCAUGAUGCGGGAACAAAGUGCAUUGCUCUGGUGGGUGGAGCGACAGCAUUGAUCGGAGAUCCGAGCUUUAAGGUGAAAGAAAGAGAUAUUUUAAGCGCAGACGAUGUGCAGGAAAAUGUGAAAGAGAUCCAGAACGAUUUGAAGCGAGUUCUAAACAGCAAUGGCGAUGACAACCUUCUGUUCGUGAACAACUAUGAUUGGUACAAAAACAUGGGAGUGAUCGACUUUUUGCGAGACGUCGGAAAAAAUAUGCGCGUGCAGAGCAUGCUAGCCAAGGACAGCGUGAGCAAGCGCAUUAAUUCCCCGAACAGUCUGAGUUUUGCUGAGUUUGCCUAUCAAUGCUUGCAGGCCAACGACUUCCUGCACCUCCACACGCAGUACGGCUGUGUGUGCCAAAUUGGCGGGAGCGAUCAGUGGGGAAACAUCACUUCCGGCAUCGAUUUCGUCAAACGGAAGACAGGAGACGUGGUUCACGGGAUUACGGUUCCGCUGCUGACGAACAGCAAAGGCCAAAAGUUUGGCAAGUCGGAGGGAAACGCGAUCUGGAUCAACAAAUCGAGGACCUCAAACCACGACUUCUAUCAGUUCUUUCUGCGAACGGAAGACGCGGACCUUCCCAUUCUGUUCCGAUUGCUCACGGACCUGCCUUUGGAUCAGAUUGAUGCGCUGCUAGCGGAGCAUCAAAAAUGCCCGGAGAAGCGGGAAGCGCAAGGAGUUCUCGCUGGUACGACAAAGAGCAAGGGGAUAAUCAGCAGAAGAAAUGAUGCGUUCGGUUCGUUCAGAGCUGGAUUUGCAAAAGGCGAAAAAGUGCGCAGAGCUCCUUUAUGGAAAGAGCAAGCGCGUUGA